UAAGGAAGCCCUUACUCAGAAAGAAUCUCCAAUUGGGUUUAGUGAUGCGUAAUCAGUGCGUGGUUACUCAGAGGUGGACUCUGUUGCGUUUGGGGGUGCUUGCUGCUUGGAAAGUGGAUAUUUACACAGCUGUGCGUAAAUUUCAGCUCAUUCAGAAGAAGCAAACCCCAUAAGCGUGGAGGCGCAAGGCCCCUUCUGCUCGGUGGUGCUCACUCCCUAGAGCCCUGUUCGUCAUGCCUACACUAUCUAACCUCAGUUACACUUUCAAUGAAAGGCGCUGCCUAUUGAACGUGACCUGGAAUCCUGUAAAAGUCGUUAAUGAUACCUGUGACCUAGAGUAUGAGAGUGUUGUGAGCCCCAGUAGAGAUUGGAGCUACCCGGAGUGGCAUCGCAACCAUUUCCAUACAUUGCAAGUAGCUCUGAGUAAAAUCGUUUUUGGAGUAAGAACAUCAUGUUCGGAAAAACUCAAGGGUGGGGAAAAGUGGAUUAAUAUCUCUCUUCCACAAAAUGGUACUGCAGGUACAGGAGCUAUUAAUUUCAACUGCAUUUGGCAUAAUUGGCAGCAUGUGGUGUGUUCAUGGCAGCGUGGGAAGAAUGCAGCUGAUAACACGUUCUACAACAUGUCCUACUGGUAUGAUGGCCUGAAAGAAGAAAAGCCGUGCACAAAUUACACUAGAGAAAGAGAUUCCUUUAGAUGUGCUUUCAACUUGGACAGCAAACUAUCCGUAUCUCUCAGUAUUUAUAUCCAAGGCAAUUCCAGAGACAUUCAGCCUGUGUGUAUAGUGAAUAAAAGUUCGAAAGACGGUUUACCGAUAAAACUUGAUCCCCCAUCAAUUGUAAACAUCACAAAGACCAGUGAUGGAGUAUUUCUAAAAUGGACUCUUAGCACAUUCGCUGGAGUAUGCUAUGAAGUAGAAAUUAAUAAAAACAUAUCAAAUAAAGAACAAUACAAGGAUAUGAACAACACAACACUCAGUCUCAAGCCUAAUGCGUACCACACUUUCCGGGUGAGAAGCAUUCUAAAUAAAGGCUGUACGGAGAAACAGAACCUCUGGAGUGAUUGGAGCAACGAGAUGGAAUUGGAUGAGAGAGACAAAGACGACACAUUUAACAUUCUUUUACUAAUUCUCAUUUCAUUAUGUGCAGCAAUCCUGACUCUCAUUUUUGUAGUUUGCCUGAAGAGGAUUAAGCUGCGGAUUCUUCCAACAAUUCCUGAGCCUGGAAAGUUUCUGAAACGAAUGUUUGAAGAGCAAAGUGAAGAUCUUUCAAAACCAUCCACAGAAGAGCCAAUGAAGGAUGAGCAAACUGAUGUGUUGAUAUUCUUAAACCCGCCUAAGACUGAAAACUGAGGAACCAGCUUGCUGUCUUUACAUCGCAUGACUUCUGAAUGUAAAGCAGAUGCUUUGCAGACAGGGACUUUUGUGCCCAGCUACUGGACAAUAUUCUUGAAGAUGCAUUAUUACACACAGCAUUCUUGCCCUGGCAUCUGUUUGCUAAAACAUAUCUUGUUGGAAUAAGCAGGCUACAGAAAAAAUAAUUUAAAUGGCCUACUUCACCUGAUGUCUUGUCAAACCCACCCACCCACCCAAUUUGUCAUCUGUGCUCAUUGGAUCAAAAAUGUGAGCAUCAGGGCUUGUGUGAGCUUCUGUGAAGCAGCAUUUACUCUGGAGGACUACCUCUUUCCAUCAUCUUCCCCCCCACUUGAACAGCAGGAAUGUUCACAACAGUCCUAGCAAGGCUUUACCUCUUGUCAUUCUCAAACUUUGUUCUAGUGAGAUUCUCCAAGUUAAACCAUAAACUACUCAAGUGUCUUUGAGAGUGCCUAAGAGAAAACUUGAGUUGGAUGGCUAAGUUGGUGUAUGAAUGUUCUCAUUCCCAACCAAGGGUAUGAUGUCUCACACCUGGAUUCUUGGCAUAACUGUCUUUUUUUUUGUCACAAGCAUGUGAAUAUAAAAACCCUGGAAGGGGUUUAUGCAUACCUAUGAUUUUAGAUGUGGAAAUGCCAAGUUGAGAGCACUUUGUUUGCAUUGUGUGUGUGUUUUAACAGAUGAGAUUUAUUUUGUAUAAAUAACUUUUUUUUAAAA